UUGCGUGAAACAACGGAGAGGAGCCAAGAGAAACACAACCCUCCGACGUCGUCUGCUCCUCUACCGUUAUUUCUUUCGGACAACAUCUUUGCUAACAUGGAAGAGGCCAACAAGCUGGUCGGCACCGGGAAGAAGUACCUGGUUAUGGGGAAAGUCGUCGAUGCCGUGGGGGCCCUGCAGGAGGCCUGCGCCAUGCUGGCUAAAACGUAUGGAGACACAGCAGAUGAGUGUGGAGAGGCGUUCUUCUGGUGUGGCAAAGCCCUGCUGGAUUUGGCCCGGAUGGAGAACUCCGUCCUGGGAAAUGCUCUGGAAGGAGUGCCGGAGGAGGAAGAGGAGGAGAACAAAGACAAACCAAAAGAUUCAAAUGUCGAAAGCACAGAAAAUAUAGAUGAGAAAACCAGAGAUGAGCUAAGGGAGCAGGUGUACGACGCCAUGGCAGAGAAGGAGAAGAAGGAGGAGAAGGCAGAGGGGACCCAGGAGAAGGCCGAGGGCGCCGAUGAGCCGCCCCAAAGUGAGAAGGCGGAAGGAAACCAGGAGAAAGCCGGAGAGGACAACCAGGGCGAGGCGAAGGGUGACCAGAGCGAGGCGAAGGGUGACCAGAGCGAGGCAAAGGCGGACCAGAGCGAGGCAAAGGCGGACCAGAGCGAGGCAAAGGCGGACCAGGGCGAGGCGAAGAGUGACCAGAGCGAGGCAAAGGCCGGCGAGGCGAUGGCCGGCCAGGGCGAGGCGCCUGCUGGGCAGAAGGAACCCACAGAGGAGCCGGAGGCGGCAGGAGGAGACGAGGAAGAAGAAGAAGAGGAGGGGGAGGAGGAAGUGGAUGGCGAUGUGGAGAUGGAAGGUGAUGCCGACGAGGGGGACGCCACGGCUGAGAAGGACAGCGAGGAAGAGGAGGAGGUGGGGAACCUGCAGCUGGCAUGGGAGAUGUUGGAGGUUGCUAAAGUCAUUUAUGCGAGGAAAGAAACGAAGGAAGACCAGCUAAUGGCGGCUCAGGCUCACCUGAAACUGGGAGAAGUUUCUGCUGAAUCAGGAAACUACUCGCAGGCCCUGGAGGACUUCGAGGAGUGUCUGCGGCUGCAGCUGGAGCACCUGGACGCCGACAGCCGCCUGCUGGCCGAAACGCACUACCAGCUGGGGGUGACCUACGGCCUGAACCUCCAGUACGGCCCGGCCAUCCAGGCGCUCCACAGCUCCAUCGCAGUCAUCAAGAGCAGGCUGGGAAAACUGCAGGGGAUGCUGGACAAAGCCGAGGGCCCGGAGUCCCUCCCGGACGAGAGGAAGGAGAUGGAGGAGCUGAAGGCGCUGCUGCCAGAGAUCCAGGAGAAGGUGGAGGAUGCCACAGAGGGCCUGAAAACCGUCAAAACCGCCGCCGAGGCUGCCAAGGGCGCGCUGGAUGGAGUCUGCUCUGCAUUCAGUGAUGUCACAUCCACUACAGCUGUCAAAGGUGAACCGACCAGCAGUUCUGCGUCCACCGCUCCAGCGUCCGAUAUUUCCCACCUGGUCAGAAAAAAGAGGAAACCUGAGGAAAGUCCCCUGAAGGAGGACGGCGUCAAGAAGGUGAAGCAGGACGACGGAGAGGCGCCGCAGACUCGGACCAACGGGGUUCACAAAGCCAACGGGGACUCCAACGGACAUGCCGACGGCGUGGAAGUGGACAGGGGGGGCCGGGAAGCGUGGGUUGCAUGGAAACCCAAUUAA